AGUCUCCACAACACGUCACCACAAAGAAUGGCAGACAGCUCGAAGAAGAGGAAACAGACCUCCGACACUGCCCCAAACGCAAAACGCGCACGCUUCCCACAGCGCCCGCAAUACCUCAUCCCUGCGGCAUCAACCAAGACCGCGUACCCCAAUGGCGAGGUUAACGUCAAGAACUUCCUCAAGUCGCACGAGAAUGAGAUCAAGUCACUGGAGAAUGCCAUGAGAGCGGCGAAGAAGGCGUUGGCAAGACGAGCGUUUCAAGAUGUACCUAGGGAGUUGAGAAGGAGGACGGCCAGUCAUAAUCCGCAACGCGUGCCGAAGAGGCUUAGAGUGAGAGCACGGCAGGAAGCAAACGAGGACAAUACCCCAAUAAGCAGGGGAACAAGUGGGGGUGGGAUUGGGAAGGGAAAGAAGAAGUUUCUGAGGAAGGAAGGCCGUGAGAAGAGUAGACAGACGUCGGAGAAGAGGGUUAGGCAGAGGAAGGAGAACAGCAAUGUCAAGACUGCCGGUAAAAGGGACAAAGGCGAAGAUGCAGAGACGGAAGAUGCCGCACAGAAGCCUGCCAAACCAACCGCUAAACCGAAGAUGAAGCGCAACUUCCCAGCCCUAGCUACACCUGCUACCCCGCCGUCACGAUUUCGUAGACGUCAGCGAGACAAGACAUGGCUGCCAACACACGUAUGGCACACAAAACGGGCUCGUAUAACCAAACCUGACGAGCCUCUCUGGCGUUUUGCGAUCCCACUGCAGCCCGUCUCCAAGGCAUAUCGUCUCACCCAUCGAGCUGCAACUGAACGUGGAGCUAUCGCGUGGGAUAUGAGCUAUCUCUCGACGAUCAGUCUCGAAGGUCUGGAAGCUAGUAUCGCUGGGCUACUGAAGGGCUUACACUUUGGUGUCGAUGGCGUAGAUGAUCCAUGGCAAGGGAGAGGCAGGGCUAAGAAAUGGACAAAUGGCACGAGGACUUGGGAAGGGUGGAUAUGCGAAAGAGAAGCCAACCCGCCGAAGAAGAUUGCGCGGGUCACUGUUGUCUGGUGUGUACCUGAAGCGGACAGCAACAAGAGAAAGGCUUUCAUUCGAGUACACCCUGCGGCCUUUCUGCAACUUUGGAACGAGAUCGUCAGAAUUGCAAAGGUGCAGAAGCCAGCUGUAACAGUUCACGACCUUCGAUUUGAGAUUGGGUCUAUUGAGAUUGUGGGACCUGCUACAACUGAAAGUCUCUGCUCUAUUCUUCGUCCUACUUCGUCCACUGGUGGGGACCCGGCCUCUCCUCAGGCUUUGUGGUCAACGUUGGCUUCCAUCACGGACGCUGCUUCGCUGCCAGCAGGUGCAUUAUUGGCAUUCGAGAUUUGCGACCCUCGCUUUUACGACCCCCCUGCAUCUACACCUCUAGCACAGGACCAGCAUUCGUUGAGCACUUUGACUACAACGCUUGCAGAUUGGCCAGUCGACAACACGCAAAAAUCACCAUCAAUCUUCGAUACCAACGCAAGACUAGCCGCAGCGCGAGCCAUGCUAUCACAGAAAUCCAUCAAUCGCCGCAAAAGUGCAUGUACUCUAGGCGAAGACCCCGAGACUAGACCAACAGAUCCAAAGAUCCCCAUGCUCCUAUACGUUUCGCGGUAUACCAAAUCCUGGACGGUAUUACUCCCUUGGAAAUGUGUCAUGCCUGUGUGGCGAGGCAUUAUGCGCUACCCAGUAUCUACUGGCGGCAAUCCAAGAUUCGGUGGACUGAAAGAAAGACGCCAGAUCAGCUUUGAGCGAUCAACUCCCCACUUCCCGUAUGAUCACCCUGGUACUGAUGCUGGCUGGGCGUGGGAGUUGCAGGAACGCGAGGCGAGGAAGCUUGAGUGGACUAAGCGGCCAAAGGGGAAAAGGAUCGAAUGGUCGACGAUUAAUCUUGGAGAGGGUAGGAAGGGCGAGGUCGGCGACCCUUGGGCAUGUGAGUGGGAGCGGUUGUGGCCUGUCCCUGAGAAAGAGGGAGAAAUACCGGAACACCAAGUUGAAAAGUCCUUCCCCCGGGUUCGACAACUCUCAUCUACUCAAGCAGCUGACAUGGUUGCGGGGCGUUCUCUCCUGGCCGAUGUCAUGCAGGCUCCAUGCCUAUUCACCGUCAAGAUAUACAUGGCACAACGCGGCUGUCCGACAGAUUGUGCUCGCAUCUACCGACUCCCAACAAACAACCCAGAGCUGCGGAAGAAAUGGUUAUCGUUGUUACCAGUGCCCGGUUCCCAGCAUACGUUGAAGAAGCAGCAAAGUCGCAUAGCUACGAACGUGCCUGAACAUAUACAACGUAGAGAGCUCGCAAGGACUCUAUUAGCACCGCCGAGGCAAGGAGAUGGGCCACCUAAAGCCGGUGAGGACGACUAUCCAUUGGUUCCUGAUGAAGCAGACUUGAUUGGGUUCGUAACGACAGGUAACUACAAUCUUUCUGAGGGUAUGCCGACUGCUGUUGCCAACCUGGUUCUCCAUAGGACUGUCGGCGCUGUGCAUGAAGGAGAGGGCAUAUCAAGUGAGAAGCGUGUUUGUAUUGUGAGACAAGCGGGCAGUACCACCGGCAGAUUAGCAAGCAUGUCUGAGGACCGGCCGGCAGACGACCAAGGCGACGGCGUUGAGUCUGCCGUCAGCCUGUCACGAGAUAUCGUCGCAGAAUUGACUAGGGAUAUUCUCGAGGAUCUGCUGAGCAAUCUCGUCUUCAGCACUGCGCUGUCGUGCCAUCGAUCGGAAAAGCGGCUGCGCAUGCAGUCUGCCGCCACGCAAGCCGAGUCCAUCGCCCUCGCAAACCUCGAACCACAACCACAAAAACAGAACACGAACGGGUCAACCAUACCUAUAGCUGAGACGUCAGCAGCCAAAUACGAGAACGGGCGAGUCUUCCUGAAGGGCAAUCCACUCAAGACCACUCCCGAGAUAAUAUGUCCGCACUGCAAGCUGCCGCGGCUCAUGCACCCCAUCAUGGGCAAGGGCAUGCAGAACCCGGACCUGACCAAAGAGUACUGCAUGUUGUAUCCCUGGGUACAGAGAUCAGGCCACGACGUCUACGGCAACCCCUUCCCAACAGACAUGGCCAAGAGCAAAAAGGAGCGUGAACUCAUCAAGCAACAACAGAAGAACGCCGAGAAGGAGAGCGUAGGCACACCCGGGUCUCAAGACACGGAUAUGGCCGGCGGCGAUGCAAAGGAGAUAAAACUAAAUACUGGAGGGAAGCCGGCUUCGUACAUACCGUGGCAUACAUGUCCAAACUGUAAGCGCAGCUUACUCAUAACGCGAUUCGCGCAACAUCUGGAGAAGUGCUUGGGGAUUAGUGGGCGCCAGAGCUCACGCAAUGCGAUGGCGAAGCUCGUGGGUCAGAACGGGUCGGGUUCCGGCCUCGGCAAUACGCCGCUGGGAAGCAGAAUGGGCACGCCUGCACCGGGCUCGCAAGACUCUUCAGUGCCCAUGGCCAAGAGCAAAUCAAAGGGCAUAUCUCCCGUCAAGCGACUCACCGCCGCCGACGACGACGCCGACGAACUAGGUGGGGAUGAUACUCCUGAGCGCAAAAAGAUCAAGAAGAAGAGCUCUUACGUCAAGAAGGCGGAUCGUGACAGGAGUAGUGCUGGGGGGACGUUGAAAGUCAAGCUCAAGACGAGUGGGAAGCCGGACAUGGAAAGGAGGCAAAGCGAGUUGAGUGAGCGUAGCGACGGAAAGCGGGACCGUGAGGGCGAUGACGGUGGGGACGGAGCGCCGCAGAAAAAGAAAAUAAAGUUGAAUCUUGGGAAGGGAGAGAAUGGGCGGGGGAGGGAGAGCACCGAUCCUGCAUCCGCGCAGGACUAGAUGAGUUCAGUCUUGCACACUCGGAUGCUUGAUUGAGGUGGACCGGUGUUGCUAUGCAUCGGGUUGACAAUAGAUGUAAGGCGUACAUGUACAACGAUAAAGCUGCAUCGGGAGGCGUUUUGGCAUUUCAGGGAUGGGCGAUACCACGACACCACGGAAGGACAUUCGAUCGUAUCGACUUGAGGCGUUCCGGGACUUUGGUCGUUUUGCUACAUAUUGUUUUUUGUCCUUUCAUGCUUUUCAAUCUGUACAUCACGCAUUGCGACGGAGACGAAAAGUAGAUGCAUCUACCAUAUCGGAUGUUUCUUGUAGUAAUUGACCCACGUUUCUCACAU